AUGUCUGGCUCCAGCGACAUUCUCCUUUGGACCUCCCAAGACCCCCGCGAGAGCCAACUCUUCAACGCCUAUGGGGUGACAUACCGCUUUCAUACCGAUAUCGCAGCAAGUGGCUUGAAUGUCACCACUCUCUGGCGGACGAUUCGGCCAGGGAGAGAGGAUCGGGUGGCCAAGCUUGAGUGGGCGCCGAAUGGCGGCCUAGGUCGGGUCAUUAUCGGCAAGACAACGUUCCCGAUGGCAGAUCUUGUUCGACCCGAUCCCCAAGUACAGGGUGCGAGGGUAUUCAACGGGCCUGACGGUCUCCAGUACCGAUGGCGCCCCAACCGCUCUUCUCGAGACAUAAUCCUUCAAGACCCGAACGGCAUCACGAUUGCGCUCUUCCGGCCUGUGACUCCUCAGCGCUAUCAGCUCGGGGACGUGUACACGGAGCUGCACUUCCUUCGCACUGCAGGCGCUGGCACGGUGACGCACCCGCCCUUCAUGGACUAUGUCACGGUGACAGCCACGCUAUACCGGUUUGUCAUGGCCUUCGGCCUAUAA